AUGUCUUUCUUCUCAAACACCGGUCGUUUUGGCAUGCGUGAUACCGAAUCUGAUCUGUCGCGACUCACCCAGGCUAGCCAUUUGCCUAAAGCAUCCCCUGCAACUCUUCUGAACAUCACAAAGCUGAGGGCAGACUCUAGCCUCACGGCCUGGGGAAAUGAGAUCGUACACGUCUUACAGCCUUUCAAGCUUGAAGCCUUAGUGGAUAUCGAUCUUCCGAGGCCCAAUCCAGGAGAUGCCAACUACAGCAGAUGGAAGUUCUGGACACUCGUUGUUGCUGGCUGGCUGCUCAAUCAGGUGGAUACCUCUCUUCAGUCCAAAGUGAAGGGACAUUCAAGUAGCCUCGUUUUCGCGGACGAAAUAUUCAGUACAAUCAAGCUACUGAGUCUGCAAAACCAGUCAGAUUUCAUCACAAAGGAGAUCAAGAGAUGGGAAGACAUGAAACGCGAGGACUUCCCUAUGCCUGCAAACUUUAUCCUGGCGUACCAGAAUCAAUUUAACCGUCUUAAGACCGAGAAUCAUGCUCCCACUCCUGAAUUUGCGCUCAGCAGACUUCUGCAAGCAUUGCACGGAGAAAUCAUGAAGAUUCCGUUCAUCCAAGAGGAAGUGAGGAACUUGGAACGCCCUGUGGACUACAAGCUUUUCGUGUACUAUUGCAAGGUCUUGGUUGAGGAAUCUCGCAAGCCCACUGUCUCUACUGCUGGUGAUUCUUCUCCGGAAAUUCACCGAGAAGCCAGAGGCCGCAUCCGUGAACGAGACAUCUCCUACCGUGGCUGGAGACAAAGCACCAAGGGACAACGCUCGCCAUGGGAGUGA